AUGAGGGUCAUGUGUGCUCAGUCUCAUUGCCAGGAUGGAAACUUGUGCAAUGUUAGGGAUGGAGUCCUGGGCUGUUACAUGGAAGGGCCUGGGAUGUGCAUAGCCAAAGGAGAUCCUCAUUAUAGCACUUUUGACGGGCGUAACUUUAAUGUGUAUGGCAACUGUUCUUACCUACUCACUUCUCACUGUCCAACCUGGGGGGGACCUGGAGGACUUGUUAGUGUUGAGGUCCAGAACCAGAUGGUGGAUGCUACAGAUGUUUCCUUUCGUCAUGUUAAAGUGAUGGUCCCCGGUUAUUCCAUUGAGAUGUCAAAUGAUCGGAGUAGCAGAGUUAUGGUAAAUGGUUUGCUACUGCGUCUUCCAUCUGUAUUGAGCAAAGGCAAAAUAAAGCUCUACGUGACUGGAAUGUCAAAGUGUGUGGAGACAGACUUUGGCGUUGUUGUAACAUACAGCUCUGAUGUCUUGACUGUUGAAGUGUCAAGGGUCUACUCUGGUAAUCUCUGUGGCCUGUGUGGCAACAUGAAUGGCGAUCCAGAAGAUGAUCUGAUGCUUGACGACGAAGCUGAUAAUCUCGGGCCAUUCGAUACUGUCAUGGGUGGCAGACACUUCGGGAGCUACGAUGGACUUAGCUUUGACUUUAAUAUGGGAAGCUGCCGUUAUGUUCUAUCCUGGACUUGUGACGAGGAAGAGUCAAACAUCUCUGUUGUUAUACAGCAAGGACAGCUGCACCUCGGGGUCCAUGGAGUGAACAUGUCUUUGGAUAACAAGCAUUUGGCAAAAGUAAAGUGCAACUCUACCAUGGCAGCUGAAUUUGCAUCUGAUAACCUCUGGUGCAUGCCGCUUGCUCCUGCUGGAUCAUUUAGUGGAUGUCACGCCACUGUAGAUCCUGAGCCCUUCUUUCAGAACUGUGUGAAUGACUUGUUGCGUGCCCUGAGUCCUGUGGUAUGCUAUCCGAUACCCCCUGCCCGUGGGCCUGUUAUGAAGGAUGUCAAUAUCGAGGAGGUAUUGGGGGAUGGGGGGUGCCCUGAGCGGUGUAACUGCUCUGCCGCUGCCACCAUGUGCUGCGAGGCAGCAUCUUGCCGGGAGGGAGAAAACUGCACCCUUAACAAUACUCGGGGCUGUGCAAGUAAAGCCUGCCCUGCCACCUGUGAGGACCCCUGCACCCUAGCUUGUGUGGAGACCUGCCAGUGUGACCCAGGGUUCGUCCAGGAUGGUGGCACCUGCAUUCCCUUGUCCCAGUGUGGCUGCACUCACAACGGCUACCAUUACCACACCCUAAGUGCUCUGGCUUUCUCUUUGGUGCUGCACACUUACAUCGACCCAGAUAAGGGCUUUGAAUUGAGUCUCAGCAUAGAGGGCAUAGUUAGAAUUAGUCUCUCCAGUAAAUAUGCUAAUGCUACUUGUGGCCUGUGUGGUAACUUCAACUUUAAUCCCGAGGAUGACCUCACUGCAAAUAGCCCAAAGGAGCGUCUCAGUCCUGAGCAAUUUGGAAAAGCUUGGAGAAGUGGGCAGAAUCCUUGGUGUGUGGAGGGCUGUCUAGGAGGAAGUUGUCCAAAAUGUUCAUCUGAGCGGCUGGCCCGCUUCUCUGACCCGGAGGCUUGCGGGAAGAUUUUGGAAGUUAAUGGACCAUUCAGACACUGUCAUUGCAAAGUGAACCCCUCCAGCUUUUACAAGCGUUGCGUCAGUGACCUGUGUCUACAUGGAGGUCUCCAGCCUGCACUGUGUCACUCCCUGGCAGAGUAUACUGCCGUCUGCCUUUCCCUCGAGGCUACAGUUUAUGCCUGGAGAAGUCCUGGAUUCUGUGAAUCGUCCUGUCCGUCCAGUACCAGCUACAACAUGAGUUCUGCCUCAGUUCACCUCUGCCUCGGCUGGCAGAAUAACACAGUAGAGAUGCCUCCAAAUAUUGGGGAGAACUGCCUCUGUGAAGCAGGUUUAGUUCACAGUGCAAACCGCUGUGUCUAUGCAGAAAACUGCGGCUGCUUUUACCAUGAAGAAUACCUCAAGGUAAAUGGAGUUUACGAGAACCUGCCGUUCUCUCAGGGAAACGUCACUGUGCAUCAGAAAAUUGUAUGGCUAACCAUCAAGACCCCAAAGUCAGUUGAGCUCAUGUCAGACCUGCAAAACCACAUUAUGGUCACCAUCCCUGACAUCUACCACCAGACAACGUGUGGUCUUUGUGGGAACUACAAUGGUAAUCCCUCAGAUGACCUGCAGCUACCCAGUGGCACCAGGAUCUCUGAUCCCAACAUCGUUGGGUCAUCAUGGAAGUUGUUUGAUAAUGAAACAUCCUGCAGUGACACAUGUGACAGUAUCUGUCAACUCUACCACUCCCCUAUGUCCGAAUACACUUCUGAGCAGUACUGUGACUUUCUUACCCAUCCUCGGGGCCCAUUCUCCCCCUGUCAUCAUUUAGUGUUCCCACAGAAAUACUACACGCUCUGCAUGGAAAGCCUUUUUGUUGCAGAGGGCCAACGCUGGGCCCUGUGUGAUGCAGCAUGUAAAAAGGCAGGAGGGAUGGUUGACCUCUGGACAAACGCCACAGGCUGUGCUUAUCAGUGUCCUGAAUUCAGCCACUACAGCUGGUGUGCCAAUGCUUGCUCCUCACUGUGUCCUGGCAUUAGCCAAGCAGUGCAGUGCCCCAGAUACUGUGAGGAAGGCUGCCAUUGUAAUACUGGACACCUUUAUGAUGGCCUUGCCUGUGUACCAGCAAAGCAAUGCGGCUGCGUUCAGGACGGGAGGAGGUUUGAGGCCUCUGAGAGCAAACUGCUACAAAACUGUACUGUUAACUGCACCUGUGGGCUUUCUGUUGUCUGCGAGCAAUACUCAUGUCCUGCACAGCACAGUUGUAGAGUUUCAGAUGGAAUCAUCAUGGGUUGCCACAAGGAUGCAGAUCAAAGCAAAGAUCCAUGUGAGCGAAAGUGUGAUGAAAUUGAGAAAUGUCAUCUGAGCAGUGGCGUGCCCGUCUGUGUGAGGCGUCAGGGUCUGUGCUGGACCUGGGGAGGCCACCACUACCACACCUUUGAUGGCCUCAACUAUGACUUUGAGGGAACAUGUACUUAUCUGCUUGCAGCCAGCAAAGGGGCAGAAUGGGGUCUGACACCAUUUAGUGUGUCCAAAAAGAACAGCUGUAAUGACAGCCGAGCCGCAUCCUUCACACAGGUGGUCACUGCAAAAGCUUAUGGGUUCAUCAUCCAGCUUGGUUGUGAAAAGGGAAGCAUACAUACAAGUGCAGAGCUUGCUCAGGCUUACCGGCUCUUUGACAGGCACCAUAACUGUUGUACUGGCUUUAAGCAGAAACUGGAUGACGUGACCUUGCCCAAAGAUUAUGUCUCUGAUGACAGGAGACAGUGCAAAGUGCUCAUGGAUCAAAAAGGUGUGCAUUGUCCACCGAACAGUCACUACAAGACCUGUGGCUCAGCCUGUCCUACAACCUGUGAAUUUAAUGCCACGGUCUGUAACAAAAUGUGUGUGGAGGUAUACAACGCCACAGCUUCAGGCCUCUGUGGGAACUUCAAUGGGGACAAAUAUGAUGACAUGGAACUGAGAAAUGGCCACCUUGCUGAAAGUUUUGCCCAACUCCUGCACAGCUGGGCAGUAGUAGCUCCUGGACAGAAUUGCGCUGAGGCCUGUGGGAGAGAAUGCAAUGAAUGCAGGCCGGCCCCACACGACCGCAGGGUCUGUGAUAUGCUGUCGAUCAAUAGCACAGAGUUUCAACGCUGCUGGAACAGUGGUGUGGAGCGCGAUAUUUACACACAAUUGUGCAUCAGGGCAGUUUGUGCUGGGGCAGGGCAUAUGGCCGCAUGUCUCACACUGGAAGCAUUAUCUGCAGACUGCCAGGCUAAAGGGAUACCAGUAGGAUCGUGGAGAGAGAAUGCCCUUUGCGCCCUCCAGUGUCCUGACCGCAGCAGCCCAAGGGAGUGUGUUGACUCUAGCUCCAACUCAUGUCCUGCUCUGCUCCAGCCUGUUUCUCCCUCAACUGGCUGUUCAGAAGGCUGCGAGUGCAACAAUGGAAAAGUGUUUGAUGGGGGCGAGUGUGUACCUUACAGUCAGUGUGGGUGUGUUCAUGAUAUGUAUACCAAGAUGGAUGAGCAAUUGUACACUGAGGACUGCACCAAGAGAUGCUGGUGCCAUCCUCUGGGUGGGGUGAUAUGUGACGAGGCAGGCUGCAGUCUGGGGCAACAGUGUGCUCUGAGGAAUGGUUCCUGGGGCUGUUACGACAGACCUGAAGUUUGUGAACUCAGGGGCAGCCUCCAAGUAUCCACACUCAGUAGGCAGCAUCUGAGCUUGGAACCUCGGUUAUCUUAUGGUCUGAUGUCCCUCUGUGACGAGGCAAGUGUGCACUGGUUCAGCAUGAUCUCUUACCAUGGACCUUGUGAUGGCAACUCUUCCAGGCUUGUCACUGUGUUUCAAAUCCUCCUGCAUGGAUCAUUAUUUACCAUACAAAAUGGCACAGUGAAGGUAUUACUCCACCAAGGAUUUUCAAUGCCAGAAACUGAAACGUAUAUUUUGAAAUGCAAAAUAAAAAAAACUACCUGUUUCACCCCACAGUUGAAUGGACGCUUUGAGUCCCUCCCUCACAUCGUGCCGUCAGGGGUGUCCCUGUCAUCUGGUGUGAACCAGGACACAUCAGAGUUCAUUACAUUACAUUACAGUCGUCCAUCUAACGCUGGAUGGGCAGGGAGGGAGUUCGCCCUGUCAUUCAUGCAGAAUUAUGCUCAAAAGUACGACAGUCCUCGCUAUCAACUGACACAAGAGAAAAUUCUAAAUGCUGGAGAGAGGGUCACUAUCAGUCUCCCUGCUGGUGUUGAGAUGUACGGCAGCCAGAGGUUUCCGAACACGGUGCGCAUUGAGGCCUCAGCAGAUGUGACUGUAACCUCUUUCAACUACAAGCUGUACACAGCAGACACCUCUGUGGUGUAUCCGGUUUCAGAAUGGGGUACAGAAUAUUUCAUCUUCACACCUGCCGGGACCCCCUAUGGCUCCUAUAAAGAGUUCUCUGUGACAAAUGGAAGAGAGAGAAACAAAGUGGAGGUUUUCCCAAGUGGCUCCAUCAAGUUCCAGGGUCGCGUCUAUGGGAGUGGCAGCCAAAUGGUGAUAGAUCUCCAACCGUAUGAGAGUGUCCAGCUCCAGAGCGUGUAUGAACUCUCUGGCAGCAGAGUUGCCUCCCAACACCCCGUUGCUGUUGUCACGGGUCACACGUGCACCUGGCGCUUUGCCAAAUGUAACCAUGUAUAUGAGCAGCUGCUGCCCAUUAGCAGGUGGGGGUCCAGCUUCAUCGUGUCUCCCCUGACCUUCCAGAAGACAUUUGACAGCAUCUUCCUCCAGGCCUCCCAGUCCACACGGGCCACAGUCCAACACAGCAACCGCAAAGAUGUUUUGACUUUGACUCGAGGGCAAGUACUGGAGAUCCGCCUCCAGAAUCCUGAAACACUGUCCAUUCAGGCUGAUCAUGGCAUCCAGGUUCUCAUGCUCUUUAAUGGUGUCACACGGAACUGGCUCCAAUUCUACGACCCUUUCUUGAUGACCAUCCUGCCCACAGAACGCUUCUGCUCCUCUUACGCACUGGAGAUUGACAACACUCUUUGGAGUUUGCCUGUAACCUUGAACAACGACAAACUGACUAUGUUUCAGAGCGGUCGCUCAGUGUUCAUUAAGACUUGUUCUGGCCUAACUGUCAGUUAUGACUGGGAACACUACCUUGUGGUCACUUUAUCUGGGAGUUACGCUGGUAAGACUUGUGGUCUCUGUGGCAACUUCAACGACAACCCCAAUGAUGAUUUCACCACACCCUCCGGCACUCAGGCAGGGGGAGCUGUGGCCUUUGGGAGCAGCUGGAAAGUGCCAGGGCCAGUGAAAGAUGCUCUUUGCAGAGACGAGUGUGUGGGUGGGUAUGAGCGCUGUGAACACAGCCUGAUGAAGAUAUGGGAGGAUUUCCUCUGCAGGGCACUGGAGGCUUAUACUGAUGCCUGCCAGCUUGCAGGGAUCCCGAUCCAGGACUGGAGGAAGAUGGCACGAUGUUCUGCAAAAUGUCCAGCCAAUAGCCACUAUGAUCUCUGUGGCAAUGCCUGUCCUGCCACCUGUUCUGACCCUAAUGCUCCCUCCAAAUGCAAACGCCCGUGUGUGGAGACCUGCACCUGUAACGCAGGCUUUGUUUUGAGCAGAGGUCAGUGUGUGCCUGCUGCUAAGUGUGGUUGUACCUACGAAGGACGAAGCAUUCCUGCUGGGGAGUCAUUCUGGGCUGACCAGGGCUGUCGGCGAAGGUGUACGUGUGUUGCUGGAGGCAGAAACGUGGUGUGCCAGGAUAAAGGCUGCGGGGCAGGGCAGCAGUGCCAGGUGGUCGAGGGUAUUAGAAAGUGCCAGGCAGUCUCCCACAGCACCUGUCAGGCCACAGGUGACCCCCAUUACGUGACCUUUGACAAGAGGAAGUUUGACUUUCAGGGCACAUGCGUGUACCAACUGGUUGCACUCUGCUCAAAGGACCCAGAAUUGGUCCCCUUUGAAGUGCUGGUGCAGAAUGAUUACCGGGGCAGCAAGGUGGUCUCCUACACCAAGUUAGUGGAGAUCAAGGUGCAUUCCCUCAGCAUUGUCAUUACAAAGACACACAAGGGCAUGAUUAUGGUAAAUAAUGAGCUGGUCAACCUGCCCAUCAAACUGGAUGGAGGACAGGUAUCUGUGUUUAAGAGUGGCUGGUCCGCUGUGGUCGUCACAGACUUUGGCCUCAAAGUAUCCUUCAACUGGAAAAGCGCUGUGUACGUCACACUGCCAAGCAACUACAUGGGAGCCGUUUGUGGCCUCUGUGGCAACUACAACGGCAAACCCCAGGACGACCUGAUUCCAAAUAAUGGUGACAAACCAGCAGAUUUCGGUGCGAGCUGGCGAGUGGCAGAGAUCCCAGGGUGUGUCGAAGGCUGCAAAGGGGUGUGCCCUGAUUGUGACAUAACCCAGAAGGUUCAAUAUGAAAAAGGAGAUUUCUGCGGCAUGUUGAAAGACACCAAAGGGCCGUUCCGUGACUGCCAUGCCGAGGUGGACCUAGCUGGCUACUUUGAAGACUGUGUUUAUGACGUAUGCUUGUAUAAGGGCAGAAAGGAUGUUCUGUGUCAGGCCAUUACAUCAUACACAUCUGCCUGCCAAGCUGUGGGGGCCAAGGUGCACAGCUGGAGGACCAGUCAGUUUUGUGCGGUGAAAUGUUCAGUCCACAGCCACUAUGAAAUUUGUGCAACCGGCUGUCCUGCCUCUUGCCAGAGUCUGACCCCUCCUCAAGGUUGCCAAGCUCAGUGUGAAGAGGGUUGUUCCUGCGAUGAGGGGUUCAUCCUCAGUGGAGAUCACUGCGUUCCCUUCUCACAGUGCGGCUGCAAUUACAAUGACCGCUACUACCGCAUUGGCCAAGUGUUUUAUCCCAAUGGUCAGUGUCAGGAGGAGUGCAAGUGCGCACAAGAUGGCGAGGUUGAGUGCAAGAAGUUCACAUGUGGCCCUAAUGAGAAGUGUAAAGUGGACAACGGCGUCCAAAAAUGUCAUCCUAUUGGUAAGGGUGUGUGCCAUGCCUCUGGUGACCCCCAUUACCGCUCUUUUGAUGGGCGAACAUUUGAUUUCCAGGGCACCUGCACCUACACACUAUCAAAGAGCGGUGAACUGGAAGGCACCCUUUUCCGUUCAGGUGGAGAAAGUACGCUGGAACCGGAUGAUGAACAACAAAGUGGUGACCGUCACCAAGCUGGUUGCUGUGGAGGUCUACGGCUUCACUCUCAUCAUGAGGAACAACAUGUAAAUGGAGUGUUUAACAACCUUCCUGUGAAUCUUAAAGAUGGAGCAGUGCUCGUCCAUCAAGAAGGCCAGCAUUAUGUAAUUGCAACAGAUUCCGGGCUGCUUGUCACUUAUGACCUGGUGUAUCAUGUGACCGUCACAGUACCUGGUAAUUACCGUGGUAAGGUCGUAGGGCUGUGUGCUCGCAAGGCUGUGUUUUCAAAAUCCACUUACUGUGGCAUUGCUACAGCACCCAACGGUCCUUUUGCAGCCUGCCAUAGUAAACUGAACCCACAGCCGUACUUUGCUGACUGUGUGUUUGAUGUUUGUGCCUCUGACGGCGAUGGGAAGGUGCUGUGUAACAGCAUAGCAGCCUAUGCCCUCAACUGUCACAUGGAAGGAGUGGACGUCAAAAACUGGAGGACGGCUUCAUUCUGUUCCAUGAAAUGUCCGGCCAACAGUCACUAUGAGGUGUGUGCGGACGCCUGCUCUGCAUCCUGUGCAGGCCUCACAGAGAUCGUACAGUGCUCCGACAGCUGUAUAGAGGGAUGUGAUGCUGGCUUCCUAUUCAAUGGACAUGCGUGUGUUCAAGAGACUGAGUGUGGCUGCUAUGACAAUGGGAGAAGUGUUGGACAUGAGCCACCUGGUGAGGUGGUGUAUGAGGAAGACUGCAACACAAAGUGUACCUGCAAUCCAGACACAGGCCUCAUAUGUGAGAAACAUUCCUGCCCCAAAAGUACCAAAUGCAUGGUCAAGAAAGAAAUCAGGGCAUGCAACAAUACAGUGGACCCCCAGGCCUUUAUGAACAGCUGUGUGUAUGAUAUGUGUCUGAAUAAGGGAGACAAAAAGAUGCUGUGCCAGGCAUUGGCCUCUUACAGUCAGCAGUGUCAUGAGGAAGGAAUAGUAAUCAAGAACUGGAGGAAAAAGUUUGGCUGCCCAAUGAGCUGUCAGCGUCACAGCCACUAUGAAGACUGUGCCAGCCCAUGCCAGCCAUCCUGCCCAUUCCCUGAGCAAAAGGAGACCUGUAACAGUGCCUGUGUGGAGGCCUGUGUGUGUGAUAAGGGUUACGUCCUCAGCGCUGGCGUCUGUGUGCCUGCUAAAACGUGUGGUUGCUCCUAUCAGGGCCGUUACUACAAGCCCGGUCAGGACUUUUGGGCUGACGAGGCUUGCGGUCGCCUAUGUGAGUGCGAUGUGACCCUUGGCAUGGUGACAUGCCGUGAGGCUUCCUGCUCUGCCAAGGAGACGUGCAGCGUAGUGAAUGGAGAGCGGGCCUGCCAACCGAUCAGUCACGCCACAUGCACAGCCUCAGGCGACCCACACUACCGGAGUUUUGAUGGCCGCCGGUAUAACUUCCAGGGCACAUGUGUAUAUCAGCUGGUGGGACUGUGCUCGCAGCAGCCAGGGCUAGAGCCAUUCAAGGUGACCGUGCAGAAUGACCACCGGGGAAGCAAGGCCGUGUCCUACACAAGGACUGUCAUGUUUUCCAUAUAUGACCUCUCCCUCACCAUCAGCAGAGAAUACCCCAGCAAGGUCCUGGUAAGUAUGGAUGUGGGGGUAUGGAUAAUCUCUUCUGCAUAUCUCAAUGGGCAGCUCGCUUCGCUACCACUGGAUUACAAUAAUGAGCUGGUGGUGUUUCUCAGCGGCUGGACGGCCGUGGUGGAGACAGUCGCUGGUAUCACCGUGACCUUUGACUGGCGUAGCACAGUGAGUGUUACUCUGCCCAGCAACUACCAGGACGCAGUCUGCGGACUGUGCGGCAACUACAAUGGAAAAACUCAGGAUGAUCUGACCAUGCGGAACGGCCAGACCGCCGCAAAUGGAGCCAAGCUGGGGGAGAGCUGGCAGGUGGCCCUCGUACCAGGCUGCUCAUCAGUCUGCCAGGGGGCAUGGUGCCAGGCCUGUUCAGGCUCCCAGAGGAAAGAGUACCAAGACCAGAAGUACUGUGGUAUUAUCGCUGACAAGGCAGGGCCUUUCAGAGAUUGUCACAGUCGUGUAGACCCUGCUCCUUACCUGGAGGACUGUGUGUUUGAUGCCUGUCAUUAUCAUGGUCACCAUGGAGCAGUCUGUGAUGCUGUGGGAUUCUAUGUCUCUGCCUGUCAGAGCCAAGGAAUCACCAUCGGCUCCUGGAGAACAGAUACCUUCUGUCGCUAUAGCAUAGGCCUGGACACUGUUACACAGAGUGCAGGAGUGAAGAUCCAGCCAUGGAGGAGCAGCUCUUUCUGCCCUGCUUCCUGCCCUGCACACAGUCACUAUGAGGUGGGCCAAGCAGUUGUGGACAAAGCCUGUAAGUCUAAGUGUGUGUGCCAGGCCUCUGGGCUGGUGAAGUGUGAGAAGCUGUCAUGUGCCAGUGGGGAGGUUUGUGGCAUAAGAGAUGGCAUCCGAGGUUGCCACGCCAAACGGGGCAACUGCGGCGUCAGUUCAGUCGGCCACCUCACCUCCUUUGACGGCAUGUCUGGAGCCAUAGGAGCUCAGGGGGCGUUUGAAGUGGCGUCUCUGUGUGACGAGACCGCCGAGCUGUGGUUCCGUGUGGUUGCGGACGUCAGGGUCUGCAGUAAAGGUGCAUCACCAGCUGUUGCCACUGUGUAUGUGUUCUUCAAGGAAGCCACCGUCACUGUGAACAGCCAACACGUGCCUUGGGUAAAUGGCAGGAAAACAUCCCUUCCCAGCAAAGUGACGAGUGAGAUAUCUGUCCAAAUCUCAGAGAAGACUGUGAUCAUCGAGAGAGCAUCUGCUGUGCGGGUCACCUACUCCGCUUCACAGGAGGUCACCGUCAUUAUUGGCAGUAGCCUGUCCGGUAAAAUGUGCGGCGCCUGUGGCAGCUACAAUAACAACUCCAAAGAUGAUAUGAAGACUACAGAUGGGAAAAUCACCACUGAUGUGUCUGUGGUUGUUGGAUCCUGGAGUGCUGGGGACUUUUCUAGAUGCCUUAAGUCAGUCCCUUAG